AUCAAUUGAUUUUUGGCUCCAAAACUAAAAAAUUCCCUCUUUACUUUUUACCUAAAUCCCACAUUCCCACUACGCCUCCACUACCCUAAUAGCUCUCCAGGCCACUACUUCUGGACUAAAUUAUACGGAGUAGCUAAAAGAACCCAAAUUCUUUUGCCGCCCUGUUCUGGUUUCUGAAGUUCGAUCGAAAGGCUUGGUGGUGGUAGCGCUUGAUGAACUCGACGUCGGGGCUUGUUCUCUCAAAUCUAUUCCUUUCAAGUUUGGUAGCAAUUAAUUGAUUCUUGCAACCUAUACAAGUAAGGCACAGGUGCAAGUGCAGGUGCAUGGCUCCUUUGCCUCAUUCACUUCAAACUCCGAAGGCAUCUCAUCUUUCUCAACAAACUGUUACUCAAUCAGCUGCUGCAGCAGUUAAGGAUACACACUGGGAAACUAUAUCAACCAAUCUGCCUCCCUCAGGUGCUCAAGGGGAUCCUUCCACUAAGGUACCAAAUAAGCCACUUUCGCAACCUACAAGCGUUGUGCAUCAUCAUCAUAGCCGUGACAGAAAUGAUUUAGCUGAUGCUACUACUCCUAUCUCUGAAGCUACAACAAGCCUGUAUAAUGUAAGGGCUCAAUGUAGUCCUCCGAAUGAUAAUCCAAAAUUUUCACCUUCACAACCAGUGAGUGUUGUACGCCGUCAUCCAAGUCGUGAAACAAAAAACAGAUCAGGUGAGUAUUAAACUUAGUGAUGAUUCAGUUUACCUAAACAAUAAUGUGAUUGGGAUUAUUAAGAAAGAACUUGAUUAUAAUUAUAUUUAUAAUUAAGUGAAAGCAAAUAUAGAUAGACCAAAAGUCAGAAAAUCUGACCUGCCAACCAAAGAUUAAAGAAUACUUAAUUAUAUUACUUUUCUCAAUAUGAAAGUAGUUAUUAUAUUAAUAUUAUUUAUAAACAUAAUCAUAAUAUUUUUUUUGCAAGAUUGAUGAGGCGUGUAGUCUUUCUGUAAAUGACAUUGACAGGUCACUUAGGAGUGAAUGCCUUGCACGAGAUGGAAGAAAAUCAUCUAAAGAAGAACAUGUUUUAGUAUUGUUCAAGGGAAACAAAAAUGUAUUCAAAAGAAGAACUAAUUUAGUGUUGAUCACUUGUGCUACUGUUGCAUUAUACUGUUUACAUUUCACCUUUUGCAGAAAUCUUCAUCAUCUAACACAACAAAUUGUUCAAAAAAGCAGCAUAAUCAUCGCACUGGUUCACAUCCUCUCUCAUAUAUAGUUGAGGAAAUGGCUGCUGUAAAUUAAAGUCUUGUACGUACAUAACAAUUAAACCAAUAUUUGUAUAGUUAUAACUUGAUUUUUUUAGCAGGAUGGCUCAAGGUUUCCAGAAAUUGAUGCCUUUGAGUAUACAUAUGGGGGAAAGGACAACUCUUGGGCUGAUAGCACUACAAAAUCACAACAUAUGAGUUGGAACGUGAACGUGCUGCUCGAAAAGCUUCUCACAUGGCUCGAAUUGAGGCAGAGGAGAUGAUGCAAAGAAAAAUGAAGAAAGUUGAACAGAGCUUCAAUAGUACUUUGAUGUCUUGGCAUAACUCUGGAAAAAUUAUGCAAUCAAGUUCCUUGUAUUGUUCUUCCCUCGUUUGUACCGGUUUCAAUAGAUGGUGGCAGUGAAGAUGAGGAUUAUACUUUUGAUAACGAAGGAGAUUUCGACGAGGCAAAUUAUGAAGCUGAAUAGAGAUUGUGAUAUGACAAUUAUUUGUUCUCAAAUACUUUAUUUUGUUUUUCUUAUUAAUCAUAUGAUAUGUAAGACAUUAUCUUUCAUUUCCCUUUGAUAUUACUCAAACCAUCGUUUACUAGGAUAAUCAUUAUCAAGUUUAAUCUACAAAUAUUAUUUAUUCAGUGUUGUGUUGAGACAAGUA